AUGACUGCCAUAGGAGUCUGUAAAGAACAGAUGGAAGUCUUUGAUGGGCUGCAUCAGGAGAAAGAUGAGUUUGUUAAACAGCCAUCCCAGGAGAAGAGGAAUAUGAAGGAACUGCAGGAGCUACUGUUGCACCUUGCAGGGAAACAAGUCAGGCCUACCUCCACUGUCCUUAGCCUUUCCCAGAGAAACGGACAGCUUAUCAGUAACCUAGAGGCCACCCUUCAAAUCGUGCCACUCCAGUGGGUGGGUAACUUAGAAGAGGUUACCCCGUGCACCAACAAAAGCUGUACUGAAUUACUCCAGAAUGGGCGCGUUGGGCGACCCGGGCACCUAAGGCUGGGCCGAGCGCGGCCGCGCCUGCCCGCGCGAUGCUCCUCACAGGGCCGGGAGGGAAGAAAGUUCCGCGAACUCCCUAACGAGCGUGCAAAGCACCGCGUCAGAAACCGCAGAGGCGCCUCAGCCCGGCGGCCGCCCUCGCGAGCCCGCCUCAGCCCGGCGGCCCGCGCGGCCGCCCUCACGAGCCCGCUGGAACGAGGAACGCGCCACCGGAAGGGUCCGCCGGAGGGCGGGACGCGGGAAGCUGGAUUUGAGGAGGGGGUGACGGGAGGGAAGCCCACGCGAGCAGCCAAUCGUGCUGUCCCCGGGAGGAAGAGGCGGACGGGCGCCGCGCCCGUGAAGAUUGGAAUAAUUGGUGGAACAGGCCUGGAUGACCCAGAAAUUUUAGAAGGAAGAACUGAGAAAUAUGUGGAUACUCCAUUUGGCAAGCCAUCUGAUGCCUUGAUUUUGGGGAAGAUAAAAAAUGUUGAUUGUGUCCUUCUUGCAAGACAUGGAAGGCAGCACACCAUCAUGCCUUCAAAAGUCAACUACCAGGCAAACAUCUGGGCUUUGAAGGAAGAGGGCUGUACUCAUAUCAUAGUGACCACAGCUUGCGGCUCUCUGAGAGAGGAGAUUCAGCCUGGUGAUAUCGUCGUUAUUGAUCAGUUCAUCGACAGGACCUUGAUAAGGCCUCAGACCUUCUAUGAUGGGAGUCAUUCCUGUGCAAGAGGAGUGUGUCAUAUUCCAAUGGCUGAGCCAUUUUGCCCCAAAACAAGAGAGGUCCUCAUAGAGACUGCUAAGAAGCUAGGACUUCGAUGCCACUCAAAGGGGACAAUGGUCACAAUCGAGGGGCCUCGUUUUAGCUCUCGAGCAGAAAGCUUCAUGUUCCGCACCUGGGGGGCAGAUGUCAUCAAUAUGACCACAGUUCCAGAGGUGGUUCUUGCUAAGGAGGCUGGGAUUUGCUAUGCAAGCAUCGCCAUGGCGACAGAUUACGAUUGCUGGAAGGAGCAUGAAGAAGCAGUUUCAGUGGACCGUGUUUUAAAGACCCUGAAGGAAAAUGCCAAUAAAGCUAAAAGUUUACUGCUUACUACCAUACCUCAGAUAGGGUCCAUGGAAUGGUCAGAAACUCUCCAUAACCUGAAGAACAUGGCCCAGUUUUCUGUUUUAUUACCAAGACACUAAAAGAAAGCAUGACUGCCCCCAGAAAAGAAGACUUUCUGCUACUAGUCAUAUUGAGAGUUUUACUUGAAGAACAGGGGAAAGACAUGCCCCUGCCUAUAUCAGAAGAAGAAUGUGGUAAGAAAGACAAGACAUUGAAUGUAUUACAGACUCCGCUGAAAAGACUGACACUUGUUCAGGAUGCAGAAGAGAAGCAAAUGACCAAUGAACAGGGAAAACUUUACAUUUUAGGGAAAAACCAAAGAUCCCAUUUCACCCCCCCCCAUUAAAUUUGCAACAAAAAAUUGGGGACAAUAUCCAGUAUUCUUUGUUGCCAGAGAAUAUGAGAAAGAAAAUAGGGCUCAGGCUGCUUGUUUUGAUAUGAUCAUAAGUUGGUACAGUCUUCUUGGAGGUCAGUUUAUCAAAAUACAUCAGAAGCUUGACAGUACUUAUGCACUUUGUUGGGUAUUUCUAGGAACUUCUCUAAAAAUUAUCAGAUACAUGUGAAGAACUUUGUAUAAAGAAGGAUGUUAAAUAGUGUUGCUUCUAAUAGCAGAUACUCAAAAUAAUCUGAAUAUCCAACAGUUGUAGGUAAGUUGAGGUUUAGUUAUAAUUACGCUGUGAAACAAUCAACUGAAGAUCAUAUUUUCACAUAGUAAUGUCCUAAGGAAAUUGUUCUAAAGUAGGAAAUUUUUUUUAAAAAUAACAAAUUUUACAGUACUAGUUUUAUCUUAAAAAUGCUGUGUUGAAGCGGGGCGCCAGUGGCUCAGCCUGUAAUCCUAGCUACUCAGAAGGCUGAAA